AUGGAUCUAAGUCUGCUCAAGAAUUUGACGAACCUCUCUAUUCUUCAACUAUCUCGCAACAGGCUGUCUGUUCUUGAGAAAGGUGAUGCCAGGUCUUAUGUUGGAUAUCCCAAUAUUGUGUCCUUGGGGCUGGCAUCGUGCAACUUAACAAAGCUUCCUGCAUUCUUGAUGUACCUGAAUGAAGUUGAAAGAUUAGAUCUCUCAGACAACAGCAUUGCCGGGCCCAUACCUGAUUGGAUUUGGAAGGCUGGAGCAAAUGAUUUCUACUACGUCAACCUCUCCCAUAAUUUAUUCACCAGUAUCCAGGGGAAUAUCUUAGCACCUGCAUACCUUUACCUAGAUCUCCAUUCUAAUAACAUGAUUGAGGGCUCACUACCGAACCCCCCACUGAACACUUCAUUCAUGGACUGCUCCAGCAACCAUUUCACUCACUCGAUUCCAACAAAGUUUCUGUCAGGCCUGACUUACGCGUACUUCCUGUCAUUGUCAAACAAUAUGCUCACAGGAGAAGUCCCACCGAUGAUCUGCAAUACAAGCAAUCUCAAGGUUCUUGAUCUUUCAUUCAAUAGUUUGGGUGGCUUAAUACCACCCUGCUUGUUACAGGAGAACAAGAGCAUUGCUGUUUUAAACUUGAGAGGCAAUAUUUUCCAGGGACCACUGCCCCAAAAUAUCAGUAGAGGAUGCGCACUCGAGACAGUAAAUCUUAAUGACAACAAGCUGGAGGACAAGCUGCCAGAAUCUCUGGUGAACUGUAAGAUGCUACAGGUUCUAGAUGUUGGGGACAACCAGAUAGUGGAUACUUUUCCAGACUGGUUGGGAGACCUCCCUCAGCUGAGAGUGCUUGUUCUGCGAUCAAAUAGGUUCCAUGGCCCAAUUACCGUUGUCGAUGGAACAAAUUUCUUUCCCAUGUUACAGGUCUUUGACAUAUCUUCUAACAGUUUCAAUGGUGGGAUACCGCCACAGUGCUUGAAGAGACUGAAAGCAAUGAUUAAUUCUUCUGAAGUUGAAAGCCAGGCCCGGACAGUUGGGUACCAGUAUGCGAUUGACACAUACUACAAGAACUCUGUCACUGUGAUGGUCAAGGGACUGGAUUUGACGCUUGUAAGGAUCCUAUACCUUCAAAUACUUUGA